CACGGAUCUCGAUCCCGAUGACAUCGCCAGAUGGCGUCAACGGUGAUUCCCCCAUUCUUGGCACCUGAAGGGUGUAUAUCACUGUGCAUUAAAUCAUCUCAAGAUUAGGGAUAUAUAGCUAUGCCAUCGCUGCUGAUAUAUCUUCUCACUAACACAACUUAUUAUACUAUUCAACAACCUAUUGAUCUGCAACAAUGAAUCCCUUCGCGCACUCCCAAGAUCAAUCUACAGGCCAAGCGCAGGCUCCAGACCGCGCCGGAGCACCAUCCACACCCUCCCACACGGAGGAACAAAAGCGCCACUUCUACGAGAACCUGCCCGCCUCGGAGAAGGAGAACAAGAGCUACGCAGAAUGGGUCAAGGAAGCAUACAACGAACAAUACGAGAAGUGGAUGCCAUGGCUCGAAGACCAGUACCUGAAGUGGUUUGGAAAAGGGGAUAAUAAGGCUUCUUAUACUACAAAGGAUACCCUCUCCCAAACAAAAGUCACAGGGAGCGACAAGAUUAACCAGAUCCAAGAUGAUGCCAAUAAUCUCGUUGGCAACCAGCUCGGGGAUAAAGGACUACUUGCACCCGUUGGGAACCUUGCGUCGAAGGAGGGUGUUAACCGCGCUGAGAGAGGAGGGAAGGACGAAAGUGGCUCCUAUGGGGGUGCAUUAUCUGGUGUGACAGACCAGGUUGUUGAAGGUGGGAAGAGCGUUGCGUCCACCGUUCAGUCUGGAGCGCAGAAUGUUGGAAGUUCGAUUGGGAAUGUUUUGGGAGGUAGCAAGUACGGAUAGGCUGGUGGAUGGCAUGGUGAAUUUACUGAUACCUGGAUUCUGUUUAAUAUGGUUUUUGUAUUAAAAAUAUUAUUCUACUGAUAUAAUACGAUCUACGUGCAUGUUUCUAUAUGGG